AUGUCCGACUACAACAACCGCGACUACGACGAGAACGCCGCCCGCUUCGCCGGCGAGACUGUAGGCAGAGCAGAGGGUACCUACGACCGCGCCGACGCAGCCAUCGACCGUCAAGAACAACGCGUAGGCGACUCCUUCCGCCGCGACGAACAAGCCGUCGAAAACGCCCCCGAAAACCUCGCCCGCUACGCCGAACAAGGCUUCACCUCCACCGUCAACAGCGUCGAAAACAUUCCCUCGGACAUUGGUUCCGGUCUCCGCAGUGCUGCAAACUGGAUUGGUGAACAAAUUGGUGGAGCAGAGAAUGAGGGUAGACGUGCUGAGCAAGGUGUUGAGAAUCGAUAUGAUCAAGCUGAGCAAGGGGUGGAGAAUCGCUAUAAUGAUGCUGAGCAGGAUGUUGAUCGCUUUGGACAGGGUGUGCAGAACUCGUAUGAUCAGGGUGAGCAACAGGGAAGACGUGAUGGUUGGUAG